ACAGAAAGAGAGAGGAGAUAGAGAUGAUGAACAACGAAGUGCGUCUGAAUUGCGGCAUUAACAUGCCAGCCCUGGGACUGGGGACUUAUUCCUACCCUCAUGAUAGGCAGACGACAGAGCUGGCCAUCGAUAUGGCACUCAAGAUGGGUUACAGGCAUUUUGACACAGCAAAGAUUUAUGGUUCUGAGCCGGCUGUGGGGCAUGCUUUAACAGAAGCGAUUAUUGAUCAAACAGUAGACAGAGAGGGGAUUUUUGUUACAUCUAAACUGUGGGGGAGUGAUCAUCAUGAUCCUGUCUCAGCACUCAGGCAAACUCUGAAGAACAUGAGCAUGGAAUAUUUGGACAUGUAUCUAGUGCAUUGGCCAGUGAAGCUGAAGCCUUGGAAUGACUGUGCCGUGCCUCCUGAAGAUGACUUUGAGCCGUUAGACCUUGAGUCCACAUGGGCCGGCAUGGAAAAAUGUUUGGACUUGGGAUUGUGUAGGUGCAUUGGCGUCAGCAAUUUCUCCAGCAAGAAGAUCCAAAGCUUAUUGGAUUUUGCCUCAGUACCUCCAGCUGUCAAUCAGGUGGAAAUGCAUCCAAUGUGGAGGCAAAGAACACUAAGAGAUUUUUGUGCGGACUACAAUAUCCAUGUAAGUGCUUAUUCGCCACUUGGUGGCCCAGGAAAUGCAUGGGGAACCACCGCCGUGGUUGAAAAUCCAAUAAUACAGUCCAUCUCUCGCAAGCACAAGACAACCCCAGCUCAGGUGGCGUUACAGUGGGGACUGUCAAAGGGAUCAAGCAUGAUAGUGAAGAGUUUUAAUCAGAAGAGGUUGAAGGAAAACAUGGAGGCCUUGAAUGUAAAACUGGAUGAUCAAGAUCUCACUGACAUUGAGAAACUGGAGGAAUGGAAGAUCAUGAGAGGAGAAUUUCUUGUUAACGAUUCAACUAGUCCUUAUAAGACAAUUGAAGAUCUAUGGGAUGGUGAGAUUUGACACACCACCCCACCAUGCUUACGCUCCACUACCCUUGUGGCGGCUACUACUAUAUAUGCUAGCAUGCCAAGACAGGCAUGGCCGUUCCGUUCAUAUUGCGGCAGAUAGUUAAUG